GGGGUAGCUCGGGUACUAAAAAUUUCUUUUCUUUCUGUUUUUCUUUCUUAUUUAAAGGGAGAGAGAGAGAGAGAGAGAGAGAGAGAGUGAGUAAAAGAAAGAAAGAGAAGGAAAAUGGAAGGCAGUUCAACAAAGAGCACAAAAGGAAAAAAAGAUGAACUUUAUCAUGUUAUUCACAAGGUUCCUUCUGGCGAUACUCCUUAUGUUAGAGCCAAACAUGCUCAGCUAGUUGACAAGGAUCCAGAAGCAGCAAUAGUAUUGUUUUGGAAGGCCAUAAACGCAGGAGAUAGAGUAGAUAGUGCCCUAAAGGACAUGGCAGUGGUGAUGAAGCAACUGGACAGAAGCGAAGAAGCCAUUGAAGCUGUCAAGGCAUUCAGAGGUCGUUGCUCCAAACAAGCCCAAGAAUCACUUGAUAAUGUCCUCAUCGACCUAUACAAGAAAUGUGGGAAAAUUGAGGAGCAGAUAGAGUUGCUAAAGAGGAAGCUGAGAUUGAUCUACCAAGGGGAGGCAUUCAAUGGAAAACCAACCAAGACUGCACGCUCUCAUGGCAAGAAGUUCCAGGUCUCUGUUAAGCAAGAGACCUCCAGAUUGUUGGGAAACUUGGGCUGGGCCUACAUGCAAAAGUCCAACUAUAUGAUGGCUGAGGUUGUGUACAGAAAAGCCCAGAUGAUCGAUCCAGAUUCUAAUAAAGCCUGCAAUUUAAGCCUGGCGUUGAUCAAACAAGGUCGAUACGACCAUGCACGUAAGGUUCUUGAAGAUAUUAUACAGAGAAGACUUCCGGGUUCCGAUGAUGGUAAGUCAAGGAAGCGAGCUGAAGAUUUGUUAACGGAUUUGAAAUCCAAACAACCUCCGUUGGAGUCGUUCGAUCUAUUGGGCUUGGAUGAUGAUUUCGUCGAAGGGCUUGAACAGCUGAUGAAUGAACGAGGCCCAUUUAGAUCGAAGAGACUUCCUAUAUUUGAAGAAAUCUCUCCAUUUAGGGAUCAAUUGGCAUGUUGACCAACCUUGAUGUUGUUGUUGUUGUUCAUAUUGGGGUGUCUUAAGUAGUUGGUAGUUUGGGGAGUUCAAUUAGAAUAAUGUGUCCUUUGUAAAUUAGAAAAUAAUUACGACGGGUGUUAGGAAGUUCUGUAUUGUUAGUUUAGGAUAGUAACUCCUAGAAUCUCGCAUUGGUGGAAAAAAAAAAUACGAGAUUUAUAUAGGAUUGGGUUGGUCCACAAAAUAAACUUUGUUAUUGACCAAGGUCUUAUUGGUUUCAUCUGAAAGACCAAUAUUUUGGUUUACGUUUUUAUUUGA